AUGUCUACCGCAUUCGUCGUCGGGAUGUUCAGCUUGAUCAAUGGCGUCCGCCGCUCAGAGCAGACGGGGACCUCGCAGACGUUCUACUGUUUUUACGACACUGCAUUCCGCUCUGAGAUUACGACGUCAACCCCCGCUCAGCUUCGUGUGUAUAGCCCUGUAGGUGGACAGGUUGCUCGAGACGACACGCUCGCGUUCGUCGUCGCUAAGGCGUAUUUCGAUCGCGAUGGCCCGGAUCCUGAGUCGUACUACGACAACGUCCCCGAGUUUGAUAUGCCGUUGUUGUUUGCGGUCGGGCGCGUCACUCCGGCAUCGGCGUCGGAUGGACCUGCACCUCCCAUACGGCGCUUUGAUCUCGCUGUCUCAGAAUACGUGCGGAACACGGUCCAGCACUGUACAGCGGAAAUCAUGUUUAAUAGCUCAGUUAAGCGAUGGGCGAACACGCCUAUGCCGGCGUCUAACACGAGUGUCGGGGUUUUGGCCGUUAGCUAUGGCUUAGCCUCCAACGGCAUUCUUCGGUUUGAGAUGCUGUCGCUUGCUCUCAACGUGUCACCUGCGGUCUCUGUAGGCGGUGGUUCUACUUCCAGUCGCGCCGCAACCACCGGCACGGGCAGUCGUAAAGAUCGCUUCUCUGCUCGAGCAUCUGGCAACGGGGAUGGAAGUGUGGUCGAUAACAAUCACCGUCAAUCACGAGCCUCGACUUCUACAGCUCCGUCUCGAGUAACUACAAGCUCGUCGGGCACCGGGGAGGGCAUGUCGCGUGAUGCCAAGCUGCCUCCUGAGGCUUAUCACCCCGAGACUCCGGCGUUAUAUGAAAGUGUUCCGGCUGAGGGAUCGAACUCGACCAAAGAGGAGAUACUUUCUCAACUUGACGCCAGUCAGAUUGAAGCCAUGGUUGCGAUCUUGCGGAGUGGAAAGGGUGCAGACGGAUCCGGCGGUCGUCGUUCGCCGUCGCCCGCUGGGAGAGGCAAGAGACAGAAGAAGAGUAAAAAGUAG